AUGAAAAGGAUCAGUCACGGUGUGCCCGCUUUCGUUCAAAGGCGGGGGAUAGUAUCUAGUUUGCCGCCCAUACAUCUAAUUCAAACGAAAAAACGCAUCACCGACCAGGUUUCGCUCGAGAAACCGUACAAUGGGGUCCGUUUGAAAGCCGUUGUCUUGUUCCGUCUGGCCAAAAAUUACCUCAAGUUCUUCAAAGAAGGGAUGGGAAGUGUCUGGACGAACUACAAAGAUCUGAGGUCCGAGGUUUACAGCCGAAACCUGUUCUUGGUCGUCAAUGGGUUGGCUGCCAACGAUCUUGGAACCGGGGAUGCCAAAGACCAAAAACUGUACGUGAGAAAUUCCACUCUUCCACAAGUGGUGGAUGAACUAGCCACUGCUGUCUCAUGUCUUGAAAACUCAGGCUCGCUUGAUCUGAGCCGUGAGCAGAUCAAGAUAUCCCGUGCCCAGUUCCAGACGAUGUUGCGAACAAGAGGCGACCUUUUGAGGCUACCGCUCUUUGGGCUUUUGUUCGCUCUGUUGGAGGAGUUUUCACUGCCAUUGUACUACAUCUUUCCCAGUUUGAUGCCGUUCACAUGCGUGUUUCCAGCUUUCAUGAAAUCGUAUUACGGUAAAAGCAUCAAGGCACAAAGAAAGCUCAAAGAGUUGCGCAAAGAGCGCACAUUCGACGAGAUUGCUGUGCAAAAUCCAUUCACAAUGACAGAAGAAGAGCUUCGCUCAGUCUGUGAUUUAAUCAAGGUUGGGACUCCAUUUUCUAGCAUUGACCGUCGAAGGGCACAGUUGCUGGAAAAAUACAAGGAGCUAGUAGUGGACACACAUUUACUCCUGCGCGACGGGGGAGUUGACAAGCUCGACAGGCUGGAAGUAUUUUUCACCUGUCUAGACCGCGGUCUGGUGGACUGGGAGCAAGUUCUGUCUCUAUUGGAAGACUGUGAGAAAACACUAUAUGAACUACUAGACGAGGCCUCAUUGCGCGAAAGACUGCGUGUCCACCUGGAGCGAUUCGGUAAGCACGGCUACAACGUAGGCGUUGUGGGGCUUUUCUGA